AUCAUUAUAUUGUUCUCAUUUCGUUGCUAGCUUUGCUACUUUCCAUUUUUGUUGUUAUUGUUCGCCUUUCUGUCAUGUGAACACGUUUUUACAGCUCACAGCUCAUAACUCUUUGCCAGUCACUGUCAAAGGUUAAACUUCAUUUCCGUUCUAACCACCGUAGUCCACCCACGUCACAUAUUGCAUUAAUAUCAUAUCCUGCAGCCAGAUUUCUUCAUUAAGCGCCAAAGGAAACAGGAAACACAAAACAGAGUGAAUUUGUGAACCAUUUAUCCAGAAAAUAACAUAAAAAGCCCCCUCGCGAUGAAUCGCAUUCAGUUAAUCACGGCUUCAGUGCGAACGACAAAUCGAAUGAAUGCCUUGCUCUCUGAGUCUAUGUUGGGGCGACGCAAGGCAUUGACGAAAAUGGCAACUGUUGACGGUGACAAUGAGGGCGAAGAGGGAAAUUCAAAACCACCACGCGAUUGGGAGUUUUUUAGAACAAAUUUCAGCAUGGAACAAGUUUACAAGCUUAUAGAGUCCUCCAUUGAAGAACGUUUGACAUGGGAUCGCUUCAGUCGUUCGUACGAUUCAUGGCGUUCUCUGCAAUUAGCCGAAAGUCUGGCCAGUGAUAUACGAGAUCGGGUGCGAGGAUUUAAUCAUAAGAGGCAUCGCAUUGUUUGCAUUCUAUCUGUGAUUGAGAAACAGAAUCAAGGCAUUCACAUGAGCAUGCGCCACCUAAUGGAUGAGAAAAUGGAUAAUUUCACCAAACUUGUCUAUGAAAGACCAUCGUAUUUUAUUGUGGUUGUUGUUUAUUUAGUUCACAAAGAUUAAAAAUAUAUGUUAAACUAAAAAUUUUUGUAAAGAUGGUUUCAGCAUAAAAUUUAUAAAAACGGUAAAGAGAGGACAAAGGUAUCCAAUAAACAUUAAUAUUGGGACCUGAUCGAAUGGUUGAAAAUACAGCCUAACUGGACAAAUGCACCUUGUGUGCUACAUAAUUUGCCUAAAAGAGUAAAUUCAAUUUUUUUGUACCGUACAUUUAUACAACUAUUGUGAAUCAUAGAAUUUCAUAUACUCGUAGCCCAGCCACAAACCCAAAAAUACAGGGUGUUCAUACAUGCGACGUAGGAUUCAAACUAUUGUUUCAAAGCGAACUAAAUACACUUACGUUGAAUAAACACUUUAAGGGUAGAAAACACAAAUAUCGAUGAGUGAUAUAGCUAAUUCAUUUCAAUUCAUCAUGAUUUGUCAUACUAACAAGUAUAUACGUAUAUUGGAUAUCAUGAUGAAAAUGUCAGUAUUAAUGAUAUGCAGAACGGGUUUUGCAUGGAAGUAUUGAAAACUUUUUAAACGAACAUAAAGUCACAAAAGUCAUUGAGAGUCGAGAAUUCCAUCUGUCUGCUUGUAUAGGUCACACGAUGACUGUCGACCUGAAUAU